AUGGGGUUAUCUACUAUAUUACUGCAAAUAAACAAAAAGGGUAAGGUACAACCCAAACCCGUAGCUGCAGGUGAAACGGUGUCAAAGUAUGAUGGCAUAUCAGGACAGAGACAGGCAUCUAAUAGAGUAGACCGGCCAGUCGAUCCUGUCGUGGCUAGAUUAAAGGAAAAGCGACGAUUAGAGAAAGAAAAGGCGGAGCAAGAGGCAAGGUUGAAAAAAGGUUUACCUCCAAAAGCUCCAAAACUGUCGAGUAAGACUGCAAAGAACAUCCAGAAGCAAGGCGAACGAGAACCUAGAACCUCACGAAAAUCCACCCCUGUAUCCUCAGCACCUUCCAUUCCACCUCCACCUUCACAAUCAUUGAAACCAAAGAAGAAAAUGAACUUUAGCGAGUUGAUCAAAAAAGCGUCCAAGAUUGAUCAAGAUAAGCUUUCAAUAACUUUUCCAUCCAAGAACAAGUCACCAGAAGCAAGUGGUUUAAAACCACAUAAUCCUAAUAAAACAAAUACAACUGCAACUAAACGUGACAUUAAAAAGCCUUCUCCGGCUCCUCCUAAGAAAGUGGAUAGUAGACCUAGUCCUCAGCAGGAAGUAAAACAGAAUAUUAGAGCACCUUUACCUGUAAGACAGCCGUCUGCAAAAAUUCAAGAGAAAUUAAAAGAAAAGAAGGAACAACACAGAAAACACAAGUCGCGUGAAGUGCAUGAAGUUGAGGAUGACGAUGACGAUGAACUAUCCUCAUUCAUAGCUUCCGAUGAGGAAGAAGAAAUAUAUGAAGGAGAUGGUGGAGAUUAUGAUAGAGAUGAAAUUUGGGCUAUUUUUAAUAGAGGGAAAAAACGGUCACAUUAUGAUAGAUAUGAUUAUGAUUCAGCAGACGAUAUGGAAGCGACAGGUGCUGAGAUCUUGGAAGAAGAAUAUAGAUCAAGGAGAAAUGCAGAAUUGGAAGAUCGUAGAGAAUUAGAAGAAGAAAAACGUUUGGCUUCGCUUAAAAGAGCUAGAUUAUCAAAGAGAUCUUAG